CAGGACUCACCGACAGCCACUUCUUGCCUGAGCAUGUCCGAGGCCCUCGAAGCUGUGCAGACAGCAGCAACUUCAGCCUGAAUCAUCUCUUUCAAUCGCGGACUAGCUGCCAAGAGGCGCCUCUGAGCUCCGCGCUUGCCUUUUCUCUCGUCGCUCUUUCCCCAGGAUAACUGCAACUCCAGACUUGUAACUGAAUUCUCGGAACUAGAGGACUUGACACAUGUGUGUGGAGCCCUCUUGUUUUGUAGAUGAGGACCACAGGGUGGAAGUGGUGCCACGCGAAGACUCACAGUUUGUGGUGGGAUUGCUGAAACAGAUCCGGCUUUCCACCGUCACCCCAGGCUCUUAACAUCUUCUGACCCACUCCAUCUCCCAAGAGGUUUUCGAUUAGAGCCCAGGAUGGAUGCCUUGCGACUGGCAAAUUCGGCUUUUGCUGUUGACCUGUUCAAACAACUGUGUGAAAAGGAGCCAGUGGGCAAUGUCCUCUUCUCCCCAAUCUGUCUCUCCACUUCUCUGUCACUUGCUCAAGUAGGCGCCAAAGGUGACACAGCAAAUGAAAUUGGACAGGUCCUUCAUUUUGACAAUGUCAAAGAUGUGCCCUUCGGAUUUCAAACAGUCACCUCGGAUGUAAAUAAACUCAGUUCCUUUUACUCUUUGAAACUAAUCAAGCGGCUCUACGUAGACAAAUCACUGAACCCUUCUACAGAGUUCAUCAGCUCUACAAAGAGACCGUAUGCAAAAGAAUUGGAAACCGUGGACUUCAAGGAUAAACUGGAAGAAACGAAAGGUCAGAUCAACAGCUCCAUUAAGGAUCUCACUGACGGCCACUUUGAGAACAUUUUGUCUGACAACAGUGUAAAUGACCAGACCAAAAUCCUCGUGGUUAAUGCUGCCUACUUUGUUGGAAAGUGGAUGAAGAAAUUCCCUGAAUCAGAAACAAAAGAAUGCCCUUUCAGAGUCAGCAAGACAGACGCCAAGCCUGUGCAGAUGAUGAACAUGGAGGCCACAUUCUGUAUGGGCAACAUUGAUGACAUCAAUUGCAAGAUCAUAGAGCUUCCUUUCCAAAACAAGCACCUCAGCAUGCUCAUCCUGCUACCCAAGGAUGUGGAGGAUGAGUCGACGGGCUUGGAGAAGAUUGAAAAACAACUCAACUCAGAGACGCUGUUGCAGUGGACCAAUCCCAGCACCAUGGCCAAUGCCAAAGUCAAACUCUCCCUUCCCAAGUUUAAGGUGGAAAAGAUCAUUGACCCCAAGUCUAGUCUGGAAAACUUAGGGCUGAAAAAUACCUUUAACGAAGAUACAUCUGAUUUCUCUGGAAUGUCAGAGACCAAGGGAGUGGCCCUGUCGAAUGUCAUUCACAGAGCGUGCUUAGAAAUAAAUGAAGAUGGUGGGGAGUCCAUUGAGGUGCCAGGAUCCCGGAUCCUGCAACACAAGGAUGAAUUUAACGCCGACCACCCAUUUAUUUACAUCAUCAGGCACAACAAAACCCGAAACAUCAUUUUCUUUGGCAAGUUCUGUACUCCUGAAGUGGCUUAGCCCAAGUUAAGACCCACUUGACUUGUCUCUGGAUGCAGAUUUCUAUAAACUCUGCAUCCAGAGAUUCAUUUCCUAAAAACAAUAAAUUGUUACUGUUACUAGAUCAGGAAGCAGCUGGUCCUUGUCAUGUGUAGCCCUCACACAACAGGCCCUUCUUUUCUAAUUCUUUCUUUUGUUUUCUUUUUUUCCCCCAUAAAAAAAGGACAUAUGCUUUUAAUGAAAAGGAAUUGUCUUAGAGGAAAAAUAUUUAUUCAUUAUUUGUCAAACUGUCCAGGAUUCUGGAGAGACAUACAGUGUUCCAUACAGAAAUUCCUAUAAGGAAGGUCUGUAGGAUCUUAUUGUCAGAACUUUGCCUUUCUUCACAGGGAUAUAGAAUACUCUAGAUACUCUCACUUCCUGAAAGUCUAAAGAAACUAUGGUGCAUAGGACCUACAAAACUUGGACACCUGUUUUCUCUACUGUAGGCACAGAAGUCCUUAUGUUAAGCCUUGAGAGAUACAUGUAUUUUCAAACUCUGAAAGUUUGGGAUUUUUAGAAACAUAUAUUGCACAUCGGGUCUAGCACUUUUGGUAUGUUAUGGAGCUCCAUUAACAGGGUCUGAAACAGUACUCUGUAAAUCAACACCCUAAUAUUAUUUCUGCAACAAAAUAUAAAAUGUUCACAUAAAAUAGACAAAUCAAGACUCCAGCCCAUAAGUGGUCAAAUUUUGCUGACAAAUGAAUAUGUCACUAGCUUAUGAAAACAGUUUGCAGAACUUUUAUAGUGAAAUGUUAGAUAAAGUAGCUGAAAUAUGAGACCCCAAGGAGAAGCUCAGUUUUAUUAAAAAAAAAUUUGACUUUCAUUUUUGAGAGCUGUCCCACCUGGUCAUUUGGUUGCUGCUGGGCUGGUGGCAGGGUCUUCUAGCUGGCUCAGAAUGGUUUGGAUGUUGGACACCAUGGGCUUGGAAUACACAGGGAUUCAUAAAUAGUCAACAAAAUCAUUUUAUGAAUGUUAAAAGAACUUGUCUCUUUGUCUAAUGUGAUAAAUAGUGGAAGAGGAAAGGAACCUAAAACCUUUAGAAGUAAAGCUAUUAAAAUACUUGCAAUGUUUUGACACAUUUUUUCACCAUAUGACUAUAGUUAAUUUAGAUUGUGACUUUGUAAUUUACAUUGAUAGUAAUUGUAAAGUGUUUCUAGUUGGCUAUUUAUGUUGCAGGCUCCUGUAUUAAUUCACUACCAAAAGGAUAUAUUUACUGCAGAUUUUGUGACAGCCUUCCUUCUAUCUGUUCCUUGUAAAUAGGUUUUUCCUCAUCUGAUGGUUCAAUAUUGCAUUUUUCUGUGCUAUUGACAAUAAAAUAUUAUUGAAUUAUG